AGUGAUAGAGAGACCAGCAUGGCGCCCAGGAAGGGAGAGCUGACAGAGGAGGAGAAGGAGCUGGUGCAGGUCAUCUCUAAAGGCAACGUUCAAGAUGCCGCACGGCUGCUGGGCAGUAAAGAAGUUCGGGUGAACUGCUUGGAUGAGCACGGAAUGACCCCGCUGAUGCACUCCGCCUAUAAGGGGAAGGAAGAUCUGUGUAAACUCCUGCUGCAGCAUGGAGCAGACGUCAACUGUAAUGAACACGAACACGGAUACACCACCCUGAUGUUCGCCUGUCUAUCAGGAAAAAAAGACCUCGUGUGGAUGAUGCUGGAGGCCGGAGCCGACACGGAUGCCAUCAACUCUGUGGGGAGGACAGCGGCGCAAAUGGCGGCUUUUGUAGGUCAGCAUGGCUGCGUCACGGUCAUUAAUAAUUUUUUCCCGCGGGAGAAGUUGGAUUAUUACACCAAACCUCAAGGACUCAGCAAAGAACCAAAGUUACCGGUGAAAUUAGCCGGGCCUCUGCACAAGAUUAUCACAACGACGAACCUCCAUCCUGUCAAGAUAAUUUUCCUGAUUAAGGAGAACCCGCUGCUGUUGGAUCAGGAAGCUCUGAAGAAAUGCAGCACAGUGUUGGAUCUGAUCUGUGAGAAGUGUAUGAAACAGAGGGACAUGAAUGAGGUCUUGGCCAUGAAGAUGCAUUACAUCAGCUGUAUAUUGCAGAAGUGUACCACUUUCCUGCAGGAGGGGGAAGACAAGCUGGAUGCUCUCAUUAAAAGUUUAUUGAAGGGUCGGGACGGUGACUGCUUUCCGGUUUUCCAAGAAAAGUUCAUCCGAGAAAGUAUCCGGAAGUUCCCAUUUUGUGAGGCCACGCUCCUGCAGCAGCUGGUCCGAAGUAUCGCUCCGGUGGAAAUGGGCUCGGACCCGACGGCCUUCUCUGUGCUCACUCAGGCCAUUACGGGCCAGGUGGGCUUCGUGGACGCAGAGUUCUGUACGGCAUGCGGAGAGAAGGGAGCUGAUAAGAGGUGCUCCGUGUGUAAGCUGGUGAUUUAUUGUGACCAGGACUGUCAGAAGUUGCACUGGUUCACCCACAAGAAGGUCUGCAAGAUGCUGAAGGAGAAGAGAGAGAAGCAGGAGCUGGAAGCUGCCAAAGAGCAGAAAAGGCAGGAAAACUUGUCGGAGAAAGAAGCGAAAGCCACAGAGUUGAGCUCAGCGAAGGAAGGAGAAGAGGAAAAACCCAAAGAAAGUGAAGACUUAGUGACCUCGGAGAGUUCUGUCGCAGCAGAAGAAGCUGACGUCUCUGCGACUACAGAAGAGCCCUCCGCGGAUACCACCACUGAUACCAAUGUGUCACCAACACCUGAUGGCUGGCCGGACGACCUGUCCAUGAGGUUUGAGAUUUCAUCACAGUUGGUGGCCAAGAAGGAUCCCAGAUCUGUUGUAGGAGCCAACAUGCCGGAGGUCCCAAUCCCUACUGCGCUCAGUCACUCCAAGCUUUGGCUUCUCACACAUUGUCAACAGUCCUGA